UAGCAGCAUGUCUCGGCGCAAGCAGGCCAAGCCCCAGCACCUCAAGUCGGACGAGGAGCUGCCGCCGCCGGACGGGGCUCCCGAACACGCCGUCCCCGGGGAAGGCGCCGCUGAUGGUGAUGGUGGGGAUGACAGCAGGAGCGGAAGCGAAGAAACCAACGUGUGUGAGAAGUGCUGUGCAGAGUUCUUCAAGUGGACAGAUUUCCUGCAACACAAGCAGACCUGCACCAAAAACCCGCUGGUGCUGAUCGUGAACGAGGAUGAGCCGGCCCCGCCCUCGGAAGAGUUUCCAGAACCCUCCCCAGCCAGCUCUCCCAGUGACCACACGGAGAGCGAGGCUGCUGAGGAGGCGGCCCCCCCAGAGAACGGGGAGGGCGGUGAGGUGAAGGCCCCCGAGAAGGAGGAGGAGCCCAUGGAAGUGGAGCCCGCAGCCGACAAGAGCUUCCAGAACCCAGGCCCCUCGCUCACCGGCAAGCCACCUCUACCUCAGGGCCCCGAGCCAGCGCCAGUGGCCGCAUACAGCAUGCCAAGUACGAACGUGACACUGGAGACCCUGCUGAGCACCAAGGUGGCCGUGGCGCAGUUCUCGCAGAACGCACGGGCUGCAGGCACGGUGGCAGCCAGCGGCGGGGUGGCGGCGGUGGCGGUGCCCAUGAUCCUGGAGCAACUCAUGGCCCUGCAGCAGCAGCAGAUCCACCAGCUGCAGCUCAUUGAGCAGAUCCGCAGCCAGGUGGCCAUGAUGAGCCGGCAGCCGCUGAGGCCACCUUUGAACCCCGGGGCGGCCGCGGGGACCCAGAGCGCCCCGGUGCCGGCCUCCAGCCAGCUGCAAGGGCUGGCCACGCACUCGGCCCUGCAGCUCCCCACCGGGGCCCCGCCUGUCCCCACGGCUCCAGGCCCCACUGCCCAGCCACCCACCUACGAGGGCCCCCAGCAGCUGUCGCAGCCAGCAUCCGGAACCAGCACCCCGCUCGUCCCCAGCGGGGGCCCUUUGGUCCCCGAGUCCAGCGGGCCAGCGUCCUCCAGCACCAGCCCGGCCUCGGUGGCCGGUGCCUCCGGUGGCUCUACACAGCCACAGAACGCCUCCACGCCCCCCAGCCUGGGGCCUGGCCGGCUGCCCAGCGCAGCCCCCAGCCUGCCAAACCCACUUCUACCUCAGACCUCCGCCAGCAGCGUCAUCUUCCCCAACCCACUGGUCAGCAUCGCGGCCACCGCCAACGCGCUGGAUCCCCUGUCGGCCCUCAUGAAGCACCGCAAGGGCAAGCCCCCCAACGUGUCGGUGUUCGAGCCCAAGGCCAGCGCCGAGGACCCCUUCUUCAAGCACAAGUGCAGGUUCUGUGCCAAGGUGUUCGGGAGCGACAGCGCCCUCCAGAUCCACCUGCGUUCGCACACGGGCGAGAGACCUUUCAAGUGCAACGUCUGCGGGAACCGCUUCUCCACCAAGGGCAACCUCAAGGUGCACUUCCAGAGGCACAAGGACAAGUACCCCCACAUCCAGAUGAACCCUUACCCUGUCCCCGAGUACCUGGACAACGUGCCCACCUGCUCCGGGAUCCCCUACGGGAUGUCACUGCCCCCAGAGAAGCCGGUGACCACCUGGCUGGACAGCAAGCCCGUGCUGCCCACGGUGCCCACGUCCGUGGGGCUGCAGCUGCCGCCCACCAUCCCCGGCGUCGGCAGCUACACCGACUCCCCCAGUCUCACGCCCGCAAGCCGCUCCCCGCAGCGGCCCUCGCCUGCGUCCAGCGAGUGCCCCUCUCUGUCCCCCAGCCUCAACAGCUCUGAGGUGGGGGCCCCCGUGACCGCCGUCCCACAGCCCAUGCUCAGUGGGUCUUCCCUGACCAAGACCGAGCUGAGCCUGCCUUGUGCAAAUGCCAGGGCGGAGACAUGCCCGCUGGUGGGCAGGCCUCAGGCACGUCCAUGUCGGCUGCCACCCGCCCUCACGGACGGCAGCACCUCCACAGGCCUCUGCAGCCCUGUCCUCACGGCCAGCUCUGACCAGUUCAAGGCCAAAUUUCCUUUCGGGGGGCUGCUGGACUCCAUGCAGACGUCGGAGACGUCCAAGCUGCAGCAGCUGGUGGAGAACAUCGACAAGAAGAUGACGGACCCCAACCAGUGCGUCAUCUGCCACCGGGUGCUGAGCUGCCAGAGCGCGCUCAAGAUGCACUACCGCACACACACCGGGGAGCGGCCCUUCAAGUGCAAGCUCUGCGGGCGCGCCUUCACCACCAAGGGCAACCUGAAGACACACUUUGGGGUGCACCGCGCCAAGCCCCCGCUGCGCGUGCAGCACUCAUGCCCCAUCUGCCAGAAGAAGUUCACCAACGCGGUGGUGCUGCAGCAGCACAUCCGUAUGCACAUGGGUGGCCACAUCCCCAACACGCCGCUGCCCGAGGGCCUCCGCGACACCGGGGACGCCGACCAGGCCGCCGACGCCCUCAGCAGCUUUGAGGACGACGCCGACGACAAUUCCAUGGAGGAUGACGCGGAGCUGAGGGACGUGGCCGGUGACCCGUGCCAGCCGCUGACCCCUACAACGGGCUCCGGGCCGCCCUCGCCGCCCUCCGUCAUCUCCAGCAUCGCCGCCCUGGAGAACCAGAUGAAGAUGAUGGACUCGGCCAUGAGCUGCCCGCAGCUGACCCCCCUAAAGGCCGUGGAGAACGGGUCUGGGGACAGCGACCGGCUGAGCAAUGACUCCUCAUCUGCUGCGGGCGACCUGGAGAGCCGGAGCGCGGGCAGCCCGGCCAUGUCCGAGUCAUCAGCGUCCAUGCAGGCCCUGUCCCCUGUGAACAGCAACAGUGAGAGCCUGCCCUCCAAGUCCCCGGGCCUCAGCCACCAGGAAGAGCCACAGGACCUACCGCUGAAGACCGAGAGGCCAGACAGCCCGCCACCCGCGCCUGAGAAUGGAGGCGCACUGGGACCUGACAGCCAGCCCACCCUGGGCCGGCCGGCCAUCAAGGAGGAGGCCCCCUUCGGCCUGCUGUUCCUGAGCAGAGAACGGGGUAAGUGUGACAGCACUGUGUGUCGUGUCUGCAAGCCCUUCGCGUGCAGAGCGCGUUUGCAAAUCCACUACCGCAGCCACACCCAGGAGCGCCCGUUCGUGUGUGCGGUCUGCGGGCGCGGGUGCUCCACUACGGGGAACUUAAAGCAGCAUUUGCUGACGCACAAACUGAGGGAGCUGCCUUCUCAGUUGUGUGACCCCAACUUUGCUCUAGGUCCCAGCCAAAGCGCUCCUAGCCUGCUCACCGCUCCACGCCCGCCACCUCAAAUGGAAGUGAACGUGCACAGCAAAGCCAUCACGCUGGGCGAGGGCCCGCCUGCAGCCACAGCCCAGGUGCCCACCGGGCCACACACAGUGCUGAGCCCCGGCCUCGCACCCAUGCGGGCCCCCCCGCCACGCCGGACGCCCAAGCAGCACAACUGCCAGUCGUGUGGGAAGACCUUCUCCUCGGCCAGCGCCCUGCAGAUCCACGAGCGCACUCACACGGGGGAGAAGCCAUUCGGCUGCACCAUCUGCGGGAGAGCAUUCACCACCAAGGGCAACCUCAAGGUGCACAUGGGCACACACAUGUGGAACAACGCCCCCGCCAGGCGCGGCCGCCGCCUGUCGGUGGAAAACCCCAUGGCUCUGCUAGGCGGCGAUGCCCUCAAGUUCUCGGAGAUGUUCCAGAAAGACCUGGCAGCUCGAGCAAUGAAUGUGGACCCCAGUUUUUGGAACCAGUAUGCCGCCGCGAUCAGCAACGGUCUGGCCCUAAAGAACAAUGAGAUUUCUGUCAUCCAGAACGGAGGCGUCCCCCAGCUCCCUGUAAGUCUCGGCGGAAGCGCCAUGCCCCCCCUGGGUUCCCUGACCGCCGGGAUGGACAAGGCACGCUCGGGGAGUAGCCCGCCCAUGGUGGGCCUGGACAAAGCCAGCUCGGAAACGGGGGCCAGCCGGCCGUUCACCAGGUUUAUUGAGGACAACAAGGAGAUUGGGAUUAACUAGCUGAGCGCACUGCGGCCGUCCACGCGCUCUGUCCCUCGUACACACCGUGACGUGUGACCAUCAGGCUGCACACAUGCCGUGCCCGGGGCCUCCUUAAAAUCAUCCCCACGGCAGAAAAUACGUUAACCGUGUUGCUGCCGCAGGGUCAUCUCGUAAGCUCUGCAUGCUCCUCCGUGCCCUUGGGGAGCCGGACUGUGCUUGAGAAUUCUGCAGCCUGUGAAAUAAAUGUUAAACACAAGUCCUGGAAAGCCGCCUUGGGAGUGAAAGGGCUCAGAGCACAUCCACUUGGUUUCUCCUGAAACCUGAUAAUCCCGAGAGGGAGUGAGGGUCCCCUAAAGUGUUCCGGUGACACUCAUCGGAUGGUUUUGUUCGCAGUGGUUAGAAACUUGAACUCCGUUCUCAGAACUCUUAUCUGAAAGACGUGGUCUGGUCCUCCCCACGCUGCAUCCUACGGCAGCACCUUUGUCUGUAGUAUUUAUGAUGUUCAGAUUAUGCGGGUAACAGACAACGCAGCCCCGACUCUAGAGGUAGCUUUUGUACUGCAGAAUACAUCUGGCUGUGUGUGGGGGUUUUUUGUUUUUUUUUUUUUUUAAGCAAGAUUUGUUUUGCUAUAAAUAAGUGGGUUAUUUCAAUGCAGGCAAAAUUGUGGAGUUCUGUUGGGAAAGAUAGCAUGCUUUUUGUGUGCAAAUACCUGUCAGUAACAAGCCUUUUUUUUUUUUUCUUUUUCUUUUUAAUUUAAAUGUUUGUAGCUGCUAUGUGCACAGUUGUUCUCUAGUGUGGUCUGUAGCCCAACGACUGGGAACAAGUUACAGACAAACGUCACCGUAAAUAUUUCACAACAUUAUAGACAGUUGUGAGUAAUAUUUCACGUAUCAAGCUGUACAAUAAAAAGGUAAUGUUUGUAUAAUGUGGUUGCAAACUCUUAAUUUAUACUAUUGCACUUUUAGUAUUUUGUAUUACGGAGGUUUGUCUAUAAUUUGCAAAUUUAAAAAUAUGUAAAGUAUUUUAUAAAUAGUACUUUGAUGUAAGGAAAAUGAAGAAAGCUGUUACCGUUUCCUGUUUUGUCUUCAGGCAAUAUGAAGCCUGUGCUCCAUGAACAGGAAAACCAGCAGGACGUGUGAGUCCUCGGUAAACUAGGGCCUGCCUGCCACUCCUUAAAUUAAGAUGCUUUAUUUAACUUUCCUGCAAAGCCCAUUUAAAACCUGAUCCCCCUAGCGAGACUCUGCUGCACUCACCUGCGGGCUGUGGCAGCAGCACAGGUGGACGUGCAGUGUGAUGUGCUGUAGCCCUGGUGUCCUCCUCGCACGCCCACGAGGGGCUGACUGCCUGCGGGGACUGGUCGCAGCGUCCGGGGAGAAGUACCGGUGUCUGGCAGUACAAUCGGUCACAACUGGGGAGUUUGCUCAGUUUUUCAUUUAUUUAUUGUCUUGUCGGGUGAAAACCAAGCACAGUGUCAUCUGAUUCUCCAGAGCACCAUCCGAAGCGGGGGCUUUGCUGAGUCGCUUCGAGUGAGGAGGGUCCCUUAGGCGGGGCCGCGGGGCGGGUGCGUGUUCUACCUCAUUUUGUGCGUGGCGAGCGGGCUGGAGUCUGACUGUGAACUUCCGCCACCACUCCCAGAGACAUCCUGGGUGGCAGGGGACACUGCUGGCGCGUGUGCCCCUGAAGAAGGAAUCAGACAGUGACAUCUUCCCAGUCGAAAUAGAAAAAUAGGACAAUCUUCCCAACACAACCACAGCAGCAGCAAAUCUCGUCGUGUCGCCGAACAGAAAGAGUUGAAGACUCAUAAAAAGGCAGACUUGGCUGUUUAUUUCUGUCAGAAAUGAACACUGAACCCUUUCUACAGCUGUUUUCUGCGGUGAAGAGACAGCGUGUCCCCACGGUGUGACAUCUCUACUCCGGGGAUGAGAGGGGCUGUGUCAGCUCCCGGAAGAGAAGACGGAGGUGGCUCCCUGACGCUGUGUUCCAGCACUUGAAUCUUCUUCUAUUUAUCCGUGUCCUUUUCGGUGUGAAUUGUUUUUUUCUUUAUUUGUUAGUGUUUGGUACUGUGUAGUGUUCGCUCUCCUCUGAAAACGCUGUGUAUAUAACUUAAAAGAGAAAUGUAAGUGUUGUACAUAAGAUGGCUCGUGAAGGCAGUGACGCUGACUCGUGCUGCACUCAGGGCUCGUGCCCCUCUCUGCAUGGUGAAGACACACUAUUUUUCUACCGCAGCGCCAUGUGGGGCCAGGGCCACCCUGGGCCAGCUGGGCCUGUCACCUAGAGCCCAUAUUUUUUAUGAUGAAAUCUGUGGCUCGACACAUCUGCUGAUUAAAUGGAUGUCUUAGUCUAGGUUACUAUUUUUGUCAUAUGGAAUUGAAUAAAAUGCAGGAUGUGGUAUUACUUCUGAAUUACGUUCCUUGAUUAUUCAAAUGGAAGCAUUCGUGGUGGAGCGACACCCGUGGUGUUUCUCCAAGGAAAGUCAUCGCGGUUGACAGCUUAGAUUUAAGCAGCAUCUCAGCGUUUCUUGAUUGGUCUUGAAAUUUUUAUUUUUCACCACUUUUUUCUAAAAUAAAAAUGCAGCCUUCUAGUUCUGGAUUUUUUUACAUUCUUGAUGGAAGAAGAUGUAGUUGAAAUGCCUACUUACAGUGUCCAAAAAUGACUGCACUCUGAAUUACCUGCCAUCGUCAGCAUUCUGACAAUGUUGGCUUUUUGGGUCAUUUGGAAACGAAGUAGCCGUGCACCACAGCACGUUCGAGGAAGGACACAGGCAGGAGGGUGCCAGCGUGGCCCCCGUCCGUCCCAGUCCUUGGUUCAGAUGGAAGGUGAUUUUUACUCUCAGACAAGCUUUACCUCACCCAGAGCAUUUGAUAAGACUUAAAAUAUCAAAUAAUUUCAACAUCUACAGCCUCUUUCUUCUUUUUUUCUUAAGUAACUGCUUCAUACCUAGAAGCCACAGUAAUUUUUACCUGGAAAGUGCCGGGUGAUUUUAAAGGACUGAUAAAGAUACUAACCACCAAACUAAUAGCCCAGGGCAACCCUCCAGUACAUGUCACCAGCCUUAGCAAUUAAACUAUAUGGGUUUCAGCGCUAGAACAGGAUUAGGGGAUAGAAAGUGACGAAAUCAGAGAGUAAAUUCAAUUUUUCAAAUGGUAAGAAAAUAGUAACGAUUCUUGCAACCAUCUAAAACUAAUGUAAUAA